UUCAUGGGCCGAAACUACAUCGCUACAGGCGCAGCCCAACACCCUCGUCCACCAUCCCACGCUGCGGCGCCGGCUGCUGCUCCACUCCUCUUCGCCGCCGCACAAACCCAACCAGCCUCUCCCUCCCGCCCUCAUCGCCGCCGUUGCCCGGCCCGCCCCCCGGAAGGGAUCAAGCGGACGCGCAGGAUGGGGAAGGCGCGGCACGCCGCCAAGCUCCCCCUCGCCCUCAUCCCCAAGCCAAAGCCCAGACCCCACGCCGCUUCUCCCUCCACGCCGGCGCCGCCGCCUGCUUCUCCGCCGCCCGCGCGUCCACCCGCCAAUCCUGCCAAACCCCGCAAGAAGCCCCACGUAACCUCCAAAAGAUCCACAGCCCUGCCCCCCGCUGCCGCUGCCGCUGCCGACACCGACGACGCCCCGGCCGUGCAGGAGGAGCGGAAGCCCAUCCGGACGCCGGCCGACCUCGCGUCCGCCAUCCGCGCGACGGCGGACGCCGACAUCGACGCGGCGACCGCCCUGGCCCUCUCGGCGCCCCCGGACGUGCCGCUACCGACGCACUCCCUCGCGCUUCUCCUCCGCCGCCUCGCCACCACCCGCUCCGUGUUCGCCGCGCGGGGCCUCCUCGACAAGCUCCACCCCGCCGGCGAGGACGACGGAGCCCCGCGCCCGAACCCGGCGCCGCGCGGGGCGCUGCUCGCGCUCGCCGACGUCGUGUGCCACCGCGGCGGACUGCGCGAGAUCUCCAGCAUCCUCCCGGUGCUCAGGGACCACGGCGUCCGCGCCGACGCGCACCUCUACAACGCCCUCAUGAAGGCGCACGUCGCGGCGGACGACCCCGGGGCCGUCCUCCGCGUGUUCCGGCAGAUGAAGGACGACGGCGUCGACCCCGACCUCGUCACCUACAACACGCUCAUCUUCGGCCUCGCGCGCGCCGGGAUGGUCCGCAAGGCCAGGGCUUUCAUCCACGCCAUGGCCGCGGAGGGCCACCUCCCGGACGUCAUCACCUACACCUCGCUCAUGAACGGGAUGUGCGUCCAGGGCGACGCGCUUGGGGCACUGAAGCUGCUCGAGGAGAUGGAGGCCGAGGGGUGCCAGCCAAAUGAGCGCACCUACAACACGUUGCUAAUGGGUCUCUGCAAGAACAAGAAGCUGGACAAGGCCGUCGAGGUGUACAAGUCCAUGGUAGGGGCUGGGAUGAAGCUUGACUCGCCAGCAUAUGCCUCCUAUGUCAGGGCGCUGUGUCGAUCGGGCAGCGUCGCCGACGCGUAUGAGGUGUUUGAUUAUGCGAUUCAGACCAAGAGUUUCACGGAGGUGACGGCGUAUUCUGAGCUCGAGAACUCUCUCAAGUGGCUGCGCAAGAUGAAACCAUGACACGAACUGCAAGGAGAAUGCUGUUGAUGUAGCCUCCUUGUUGCACAUGAAUUGAGCAUGGGUCUCUGCAAGAAGAAGAAGCUGGACAAGGCCGUGGAGGUGUACCGGUCCAUGUUAUUGGCUGGGAUGAAGCUUGAGUCGCCUGUGUACGCCUCCUUUGUCAGGGCGUUGUGCUGAUUGGGCAGUGUCGCCAAUGCGUAUGAGGUGUUUGAUUAUGCGAUUCAGAUCAAGAGUUUCGUGGAGGUGAUGGCAUAUUUUGAGCUUGAUAACUCUCUCAAGUGGUUGGGCAAGAUGAAGUCAUGAAGCAAACUGCAAGGAGAGUAUGUAUAGGACAGUGCCUUCCACGCAAUAAGCUGGUUCCUGUAAUCUUGUGGAGUGCUGAUGGUGAUUUUUUUUUAACUAAUGCUAUGGACAGAGUAAUGUAUCAUCCAUAUAAGUGAAGUUGAAAUAGGUGUUUUGUCUUGCUUAGUUU